AGUCCUGAUCACUGCUGAAGCUAACGGAGCUAAUGAGCUGCGACUGAAACGAGCUGCUCCUUCGUUACGUCUCUGUUUCCUGUGAAGCCGGUGGACAUGGCGACACGUCGGACAGUGUGGCCGUGUUUCCCGCUGACUCUCCCCGGUGAGCUGCUCCUCCCCGGGCAGAGCUACGCGGGCGUGAUCCCGAUUCUCUACGACGCGGUGAUCGAGAAACCGUGUCCCAAAGAGAGAAGGAAGUUCCUGUUGGAAAGGUCAGUGUUCGACCUGGUGGACGCUCAUCUCUACCUGUCGCUAACUGACCAGAAGCUGCUGGGCUGGUAUCUCGGUUUGGCCCCGGAGGACAGAAAGAUCAUACUGGAUGAAGGAGGGUUUCACCAGUUUCUUCAAAGACACCCUGCGUUAGAACUGUCUACACAUCAUGUUUAUGUGAAGUCAGAUAACAGUGGGAGGAUCAUUCCUGUCCAUCCAGCCAUCACAUGCAACCAACACAUAUAUAAAACAGGAGCAAAGAAGACCAGAUGUGGUAAAAUGCAAAUCUCACACACGCACGACGAUGACAAAUAUGAAACCUCUGAGAUUCCAAAUGCAUAAUUCAGAUUUUCUCACUCAAGUCACUGGUAGUGAUGGAUGGACAGGUACUGUAGCUCAGGUCACACAUACUGAAGGAGUAUUCCAGUGAGACAUGAGCUUGUCAAACAGAGACCCUUGCAAUUCAAGCAGCAUGUAAGUCUUGCUCUGGGUCAUAGACUGUAUAACAGUGCAUGGUAAACUGAUAAACGAGCAAUAUAUACCAUCAUGCAUUGCACUCGUGGCGUUGAGAGAGGGCCGCACGUGAUGUAAAGAAAAUGACCAGAGUAGUGUCCUAAAGUGUUUAAUUUGUUUUGCCAACAACUCCAGCCUCGUCUUGACAGUGUGUGUGAAAUCCGUGACAAACAUGUUAGUCUAGAACUUUUUAAACUGCUCUUUAAUCCAGUGAGCUCAGAUCUUUAUUCAGCAGCUGCUGCAUUAAACAUUUUGCCCUGUUAACUGCCCCACACACAUCUAGAGAUGCUUCCUAGUAACGUGAGGAAGAACUUCACCCGAGAGCCACAUGAGGUGACCUGCCACAGCAAACCGCUGGUGCAUGCAGCCUAUGACAGCCCUAUCACACAGAGUGCACCACUGACCCGGCUGAAUGAAGACGGGCCAUUAUGGCAGAUGCCCAGCUGUGGGGCUGUGUGCACGGAUCCAGCAGUACUAGCGAGCUUCUCUCUGGACAUGGAGCUGGAGCGAAGUGGUCAGAGAGGAAAUCCUGAGCUCAAGAGCCACAUUUCAGUGAUGCAGGACCAGAAUGCUAACAUUGAUGCUAACUGUGCUGAAGUCAGACAAUUACAAUCAAAUAUUAACAAGUCUCCCUCUGAGCACUGCAGCUCUGACAGUGAGGAUGUUGAUGGUGGAGAACGCAGUGACAGGAGCGUCCAAUCAGUAGCUUCGGAGCAAGUCAGCUGUUCUCUAGGCCCCGCCGAGGAAACCGGUACACAAGAGGCGUGUCUGGAUAACACAGAUGAGGCUAACUUAAGUUUCGACGAUCAGAAUUACGACUCCCCCAGCAUCAUUGAGGAAGAUAUGAGCAUCCUUGUCUUUGUGGCCCCCGAAGAACCGCAAGCACAGGUCGCCACUGAUGGUGAAGCAAUGUCAGACACCAGUGAGACUGUGACGUCUCCAGCCAAGGAGGACACCUCUGAAAAUUGCACCUCCCCUCUGCAUCGCGUUCUCACCUGUGAUGUCAUGGUUGGCACAGAGUUUGUACCACGUGUUUCAACUUUCGUCCAAUCAGAGGAUCCACAAACUGCAGACAAGCACGUCAUAACUGAAGUGCACAUGGCAGAUCUGGACUAUCUUGCUGAGGAGUUCAUCAAACUUAAUGCAGCUCAAAAGGAACAAAAAGAGAAAAUAAGAAGUUUGGGUUGUAAAUUGAGAAAGGGAUGUGACUGUGUUGCGCGUGCUCAGCAGGCAGAGCUGCGCCUCCUGGCCGUGCAGCUCCUCAUGUGCAGACAGCACUGCUGGAGACUCUACUGUACCUCUGCUGAGGGAGACCAGCUCACUACGACAGUCAGAGAUAAGGAUCAAUACCUGCCGAAGGAGCCUCCUGCAAACAUUUCAGGUGUCCUGCAAAAACUGGAGUGCGACUAUAAUCACAUGAGGGAUAAGAUCCUGGAGGGAGUUCCUCUGGAGCAACUUAAACCUCUGUGUGUUGACUCAAAGAAGAUUAUUACUGGAGCAAGCUACAUCCCUGCACAUAUUAUUGGUGAUGUGCUGGAAGAUCGUCCUUCUCGGAACGCCCUGGAGCCACAGGGGUAUAAAACAUUAGCUGAAGAAAAUAGACGUCUUGGUGAUCAAAGCAGCGACGGCUUCCAGGAUCGUCAGACUCAGGAGAAAAAGGAGCAGAACAGUAAAACAAGGAGAGCUGUCACUUGUGUCCCCCGGAGUGGAGGUGCUGACCAUGAUGCCAACAAGCUGGAAGAAAAGCAGAUCCGAGCUGCAUGCAAAGAGCUCAACAUGAGCGAGUCAUGGUUCGAUGCUGAAGAGGACCUGGAGCCCACAGGAGCUGCUGACACCGGACAGGACAACACCACGAUCCCAGAAGGUCAAACUGAUGCCACAGAAUGUCCCUGUGAGGAGGCUGAGAGCUCAGUCCUCUGCGUCGCUAACCUUCCCAGACACGUGACAGAGAGUGAAGUGAUGUCAUGGUUUCAGAAGUACCAUCCCUCUGAUGUCAUUAUCUCUGAUGUAAAGAAUGAUCUGAGAGUUGCCAUAGUGACGGUAACCGGCCUCCAGCCUGCCGAGGCUGCUGCGAGAGAGCUGAAUGGCUUCAGGGUGAAGGGCCAUACUUUACAUGUGGAGCGCAUCAGCAGAGCCGUCGGUGGGAGCCAGGGUCAGAGCCGGGCCUCACAGGAAGCCACCGAACUACAACCACCCGAGACCGACCUCAGAAGCACUGAGAGGAAGGUGAGAGAUCUAAAAUGAUAUAAUGUGAAUUUUUAGUCUUAAA